CACUUGAACGCACCACGGGUCUGCCUUUGAACGCCUCUCGUCUGAACCAAGCUGCUCCGGACCGGUGUCACCGACCUUCGAAUGGACCAACGGCGGACUUGACUGCAACGACUCCUCAUUGAUCGAAUCAGCCAGGAUGACUAGUCUACAGCUGAGUGCGAAGGAGGAGAUGGUGGAGAAGUUUCUGGACACUGCAGCCAGAGGAGACCUGCCGCAGCUCUCGUCCCUUCUGACCCACGUCCCCUCUCUGCUGAACCAGACCGGAUACAAAGGCUGGACCGCGCUGAUGCUCGCCGCUCGCAAUGGACACCGUCACGUGGUGGAGACGCUGCUGUCACACGGUUGUGACAAGUCCAGAGUGAACAGUUCGGCACAAACCGCCCACGACAUCGCCAGGUUCUGGGGUCACAGACACAUCGCCCACCUGCUGCAGGGAACCGGAGAGUGUCGGCGGGUCCUGCCGGGCCCGGACGUGGCACCGCAGGAGAACUACUUCAGCCGGGAGACGCUGGAUCGUCUGAGCGGGAAGAGAACUGACGUCGCCUGGUUGGAGGCCAAACGCAGCGACCCGGAAUCCGUCUACCUCCUGUUCUCCAACCUCAGUCCACUGGUCAGCAGCGCCACGGAGGACGACGGGUCGGAGCUCAGACUCUGCCGGUUCAGGUACCAGGUGGUCCAAGACCUCCUCCAAAAACCUUCGACACUGAUAGUUUUCCUGGGAGUGGAGAGGAAGACGGCGCCCCCUUCUUCUGGUCCUGAUCCACCUGCAUGGUUUGCCCUGAGCACAGACGAAGACCCAUCAGAGCUUUUGAAGCUCUGCCGAGAGAAGAACUGCAGCUUCCCGACCACGCCCAACAGAGACCUGCUGAAGCUGAGCGAGGAAGAGGCCGGGGUUCUGGCUCAGGCCCGGUCCGUCUUGGCCUGGCACAGCCGCUACAGCUUCUGCCCUACGUGUGGCAGCCGCACCAGCGUGGAGGAGGCGGGGCACAAGAGGAGCUGCCUCAACUCCGACUGCAAGAGUCUCCGGGGAGUCCACAACACCUGCUACCCUCGAGUAGACCCGGUGGUCAUCAUGCUGGUGGUUCACCCUGAUGGAGAGCAGUGCCUGCUGGGAAGGAAAAAGAUCUUUCCUGCUGGGAUGUUCUCCUGCCUGGCGGGAUUCAUCGAGCCCGGUGAGACGAUGGAGGACGCGGUGAGGCGCGAGGUAGAGGAAGAGAGUGGCAUCAGAGUGGGAGAGGUACAGUACGUGUCCUGUCAGCCGUGGCCCAUGCCCUCCAGCCUCAUGAUCGGAUGCUUGGCCGUCGCCGUGACGACUGACAUCAGGGUGGACGAGCACGAGAUCGAGGAGGCUCGCUGGUUCACGCGCCAACAGGUGAUGGCGGCACUGCUCCGAGGGCCUCGCCUCCCUCUCACACUCCCUCCUCGGCAGACCAUCGCUCAUCAGCUCAUCAGACACUGGAUCGGCGUCAACUCAAACCUGUGAACCGCGCGGUGACCUCUCAGUGACCCCAGCGG